CCUUUCCCACAUUACAUAAAUACUUCUUUUGGUGAAAGUGCCUUAACUCUGAAUUGCUUCUGGGCUGCUUUCCUCAAACUUUCAUGCACAAGGGGAAGCUUCUCAUUUCACUCCUAACUUUAUCUGCUUUUCUACUUCAUUUUCUGGCACCCUUUGUUUUAUAGGUUUUCUUCUCACUCUACUUAUGUGUGUUAACUGACAAAUUUUAGUUCACUUUUCUUACCUUUCUGUUCCAUCUCCAUGUGCAUCACUUUUUCCCUCCCAUGAUUGAAUCAUUACUAAUUUCCUCACUUUCCAGGAACUGAAAAAAAUGGGAGAAAGUGCUUUGCUCUCUGUGUAGAGUUUGGCAGAGAAAGAUAACAUUUUUGAGUCCUUUAUAAUGCCAGUUCCACUUGCUCCCUACCCAACACCACCAGCUCCAUAUACACCACCAGCAGCAAAUGGUGCACAGAGUCAACUUGUCUGUUCUGGGUGUAGAAACCUUCUAGUGUAUCCAGUUGGAGCCACCUCUGUGUGCUGUGCUGUUUGCAAUGCAGUCACAGCAGUGCCACCUCCUGGCACAGAAAUGGCCCAGUUAGUUUGUGGAGGUUGCCAUACUUUACUCAUGUACAUCCGUGGAGCAACAAGUGUGCAAUGUUCUUGUUGUCACACAGUCAAUCUAGCUUUGGAAGCAAAUCAGGUGGCACAUGUCAAUUGUGGGAACUGCAGGAUGCUACUCAUGUACCAAUAUGGAGCAAGAUCCGUGAAAUGUGCAGUUUGCAAUUUUGUAACAUCGGUUGGGGCCUCAGCAAGCACCACUGAGCAGAAGUUCAGCACCUAAAACAUAAUAUAGCAAGGUCAUUACAGACUCUACAACCUUGGUUUUCUAGUUACAUAUCCCCCCUAAGGAAUAAGGAGUGCAUAUCAGAUUGGAGAGGAAACUCUUUUCACAUGUAUAGAGUUAUUUUUCCCUUGCGUGAUUGUAUUAAAUUAAAUAUUUUUGUUAUAGAUUGGGUGUAUGAAUAACUUUUGAUGUUAAGUUUUCUGAUUCUGAGUGUUUUGAAAACUCACAUCUUUAGAUUGGGUGUAAAGGUAAAGUUUAUUUUCAA